CCCCCAGCAGUGGCCAUGGCUGAGCACUUUCAGGAAGUGAGCAGCUGUCCUGUCUGCCUGGCUUACCUUGAAAAACCCAUGAUCUUGAAGUGUGGCUACGUCUGCUGCUCCGGCUGCAUCACCUCCCUGCACAGGGGGCCCCGCGGGGAGGGCUUGCUGUGCCCCUCCUGCUCCGUGGUCUCUCGGAGGAACCACCUCAGGCCCAAUCGGCAGCUGGGGGGGCUGGUUUCCAGGGUCAGGGACCUGGAGCCCCGCAUGAGAGCCGCUCUCCAGAUGAACCCGAGGAUGCUGCGGUUCCAAGUGGAUAUGACCUUGGAUGUGGACACAGCCAACAACUACCUCAUCAUCUCUGACGACCGGAGGAGAAUGAAAUGUGGAUUCUUCAAACAGAAUCGGGAAGAGCGCGCUGAGAGAUUCCACCCCAUCUGUGUCCUGGGCACCCCUCGGUUCACCUCUGGCCGCCACUACUGGGAGGUGGAGGUGGGAACAAGCAAAGAGUGGGAUCUGGGCGUCUGCAAAGACUCUGUUCCUCGACAGGAGGAGAUCGUACUGACUUCAGAGCGUGGCUUCUGGACUCUGGGGUUAACAAACGGAGACUUCUACUCAGCCAGCACUGUACCCAUGACUCCUCUGCAGGUGAACCCUCGAUUAGACCGAGUGGGGAUUUUCCUGGACAUGGAUAUUGGAAGCAUUUCCUUUUGUGACAUUAGCAACGGAUCCCACAUCUUUACAUUCACCAAAAUUUCGGCUGCGGAGCCACUGCGCCCAUUUUUUGCUCCUUCACACCCAAUGACUGAUGGCCAAGGCUUCCUGAGGAUCUGCCCUGUGAUGAGUCUGGGCACUGCCUCUCCGCCAGUUUAUCCUGAGCAAGAGGAAUAA